CGUGCGCAGCUUGCAGUGGCAGAUGAUCUUCACUUCAUCUUCCUCCUCCAGGCUGAUGUUAAAUGUCAAAACCGUGCCAGCCCUCGCACGGGCUGGGGCGGACAUUCCCUUUAAGCGGUUACUCUGCAGCCCAAGACUCCGGUCCUCGACCUCGGCGACCCAGACGGAGCCACGGGACGAUGCCAACAGCCGUGGCGGAGCUCAACAUGACUCGGCACUGUCGGAGUUUCCCGGACAGCCGGGGAGAGGAGGGAGAGACGGAAACACCUCUACCGCUGCUAAUGAGAUCUCCGUAGACUUCGACCAGUCACGGGGGGCUUAUAAGAGCAAAGACUCAUUAGAGCUGCUCAGAAGUUUGGUGGUUUUCAAACUCUGCUCCUAUGACUUCCUGGUUGAUAAGAAUAAAGAGAUAAUGGAUUUAGGGAAGAAGAUUCUGGGCCAGAGAGCCUUUGACCAGUUCAUGAAGAUGACAUUUUAUGGCCAGUUUGUCGCCGGUGAAGACCACAUGGCCAUCAGGCCGCUGAUCCAGAAGAAUCAGGCCUUUGGCGUCGGCUCUGUCCUGGACUACAGCGUGGAGGAAGACAUCAGCCAGGAGGAGGCCGAGCAGAAAGAGAUGAACUCUUGCCUCUCCGCUGCAGAGAAACAGAUCCUAGCUGAGGACCACACAGAGAACAAAAAUAAAGCACACAAACAGUUCAAGGACCGUCGUGGGGGUGUGACUGGAGCCCGCACCUAUUUCUACGCAGAUGAGGCCAAAUGUGACCAGCAUAUGGAGACCUUCAUCAAAUGUAUCAAAGCAUCUGGUGGGAGUUCAAUGGACGGUUUUACUGCCAUCAAAAUGACUGCUCUAGGACGACCUCAGUUUCUGCUCCAGUUCUCAGAGGUCCUAGUGAAGUGGCGGCAAUUUUUCACUUACCUGGCAUCAAAGCAGGGGAAUGAUGGCACGGAGGCCUUAGAGUGGAGGCUGGAGCUGGAGCAACUGCAGGAAUUCCUGACCAAACUGGGUGCAAAAGGUGACAUGCAUGGCUGGUUCACUGGGAGGAAUGAGGCAUCUUCAGGAACCAUUGACAUGCUCGACUGGAACAGCUUAAUAGAUGACAGAACAAAGAUAUCGGACCUGCUGGUUGUCCCAAAUGUAGAGCUCGGUGAGCUGGAGCCUCUGCUGCAGAAGUUCACUGCAGAGGAUGAGAAACAGAUGAAGAGGAUGUUACAGCGCAUGGACAUCUUAGUCAAGCAUGCCAUUGAGAACGGUGUUCGCUUGAUGGUGGAUGCAGAGCAAACGUACUUGCAGCCGGCCAUCAGCAGACUGACCUUAGAGAUGCAGAGGAUCUACAACAAAGAGACGCCUGUUAUCUUCAACACCUACCAAUGUUACCUCAAGGAGGCCUACGACAAUGUAAGUAUGGAUGUGGAAAUGUCUCGACGUGAGGGUUGGCAUUUUGCUGCCAAGCUGGUGCGCGGGGCCUACAUGUAUCAGGAGCGAGAGAGGGCCAAAGACAUCGGUUAUGACGACCCCAUUAACCCUGAUUAUGAUUCCACCAACAUAAUGUACCACAGGUGCCUGGACUAUGUGCUGGAUGAGAUUGCGCUCAAGCGAAAUGCCAACAUUAUGGUGGCUUCCCAUAAUGAGGACACGGUGAAGCACACCUUGAGAAGAAUGAAUGAGCUGGGUCUCGUACCGACAGAGAACAAGGUGUACUUCGGUCAACUCCUGGGCAUGUGUGAUCAGAUCAGCUUCCCACUGGGCCAGGCAGGCUUCCCCGUCUAUAAAUACGUCCCCUAUGGGCCGGUGAAUGAGGUGAUGCCCUACCUGUCUCGGAGAGCCCAGGAGAACCGAGGCUUCAUGAAGGGAGUCCAGAAGGAGAGGGAGCUGCUGUGGAAGGAGCUGAAACGCAGACUUGCCUCCGGGGAGCUUCUCUACAGACCAGUGUACUGAAAACACAGAAUAAGAGACAAAGAGUGUGUCAACGUGUCCAGUUCUCUCUUUUUUUAUCUUCUUUAGUUGACGGCUGCUGCUGUGGCUGUCUGUUCUGUCUCUCCCUCCCGGCUCUCGCUGGAUGUACGUCUCCUGUUCUACCCUGUCCUGGAGUUUCCAUUCUGAUGGACUGUUUCGGUUCUGCCACUCUCUUAUUCUCUCUUUGCCCCGUUGUUUUUCUCCAUUUUGUUCCUCGCUGAUGUUACCCACCUUCACCCCCGUGUACUGCCCAUGUUGUCUCAAUUUCUUUUCCUUAUCCGCCUCUGCAUCCAUAAGCAUUCCUCAUUUUGUCUUUCCCAUUGUCUAUAGAGCGCCGUUAUCCAUCAAGUGGGCAUCUUUACUGCUCCAAAAGGACUCCCUAAAAUGUCAACGAGAUAGGGGCGGGCGUCUCUUUUUAUCACCCUAUUCAUCUUUGAGAGAGACAACAAUAAUAAAAAUAACAAGCUUGAUUUAAAAGGUAGUAAAAGAAACAUCAAUAUUAUGAUUUCUUUGACUCCUGGACAGCCAUGCGACCCUCCAGGGAGGGUUCUCUGCACUGUAUAUUUACGUGCUGCGUUUGAGCUUGUAUUGCUUGUUUGAAAGCGAUGCCUUUUUAUGAAUCAAUGACAAAGUAUAAACGGCUCCUCGCAGCACAGUCCUCUUCUCGGUGCUACACUUUUGUUAUUGUAUUUAUUGGAGGAAGCUAUAUUCUUGCUUACUGAGGUGUCACACAAAAACAUACAGUGUUCAGUAUUCAGCGAGGGAAUCUCCUUUUAAUACAGGCGGCUGCAAGUCUGGCAGGUUGCUUUACUUUUCCAUGACACAAGAUACUAUGCAGGG